AUGACGCUGCGGGGCGACGGGCGGCGGCCCGACGAGAAGCUGCAGGGCGACGGGCGGCAGCCCGUCGAGGAGAAGAAAGCUGCUCCGCUGGGACGAGCCACUCCGACCCCCGCCUCCACCGCCACCCCCGCCUCCACCGCCACCCCCGUCUCCACCGCCACCUCCCCCACCAGGACCCUCGCUCCCACCGCUCCCACCGCCUCCUCCGCUACCACCUCCGCCGCCACCUCCGCCUCCACCGCCGCCACUAGUACCUCCACUCCCGCCACCACCCCCACCGCCACCCCCACUCCCCCCUCCACCCCCACCGCCUCCUCCACCGCCCCCUCUAGCUCCACCCGCUCCCUUGCCCCCCUUGCCCUUGCCAGAGCGGCGUCUGCCGCUGGGGGCAGACGCCGCGCCGACCGACUCAAAACCAGCGAGGUCGGCCGCAGCGGCAGAGGCGACAGAGGGCAGCAGGGGGGAAGGACCACACCCCUCAAAGAUGGGGGUCAGCAGCAGAGGAACACAGCGCAGGAACAGCAGCACGGCUCCUCAGGUGGCUCGGGCGGCUCGGGCUGCUGGGGCGGCUCGGGCGGCUCGGGCGGCUCGGCUGCUGGGGCGGCUCGGCUGCUGGGGCGGCUCGGGCGGCUCGGGCGGCUCGGCUGCUGGGGCGGCUCGGCUGCUGGGGCGGCUCGGCUGCUGGGAGAUGCAGCUGCGGGGCCGUCAGGCGCAGCGGCGGGCCGGCAAGUGCAGUGGCGGGGCCGUCAGGCGAAGCGGCGGGCCGCCGGGUGCAGGGGCGGGCAGGCAGGUGCAGCGGCGGGGCCGGCAGGUGCAGCGGCGGGCCGUCAGGUGAGGCGGCGGGGCCGUCAGGUGAGGUGGCGGGCCAGCAGGCGAGGCGGCGGGCCGUCAGGUGAGGCGGCGGGGCCGUCAGGUGAGGUGGCGGGCCAGUAG